AUGUGGGACAUUUACUGUAUGACAUGCAAUGCCACGUUAGAUGGACAACCUGAUGGUGUACUUUGCCUUCAUUACCUCAUAGAUAGGAAUCAGCAGCGCUUACUUGCUGGAUAUUUGGAUGGUGCUGCAAAGAUUUGGGAUCCGGAGAAAGAAUGUUGUGUUAGUGCGGAUGGAGGGAUUGCAAAGAGUGUCAAUGCUCUUUGUUGGCACCCCGAACUUCGUGUAGUAAUUACAGGUUCACUUGAUGGCACAGUCCAAAUCUGGAAGUCCACUAAACCUGGAUACAGGCUUGAGAAUAUAAUUGGUUUCAACCUCGGUGCAGUUAACGCUAUUGGAUACAUACAAGGAUUAACAAG